CCCACACACACACCUCCCUGGCAGAGCGCUUAGUGGAACCCUGCGAAACACACAGCUUACGUUUUAGCACUGAGACAGAAGGACAUAAUGGCUCUGACCAACCCAAUGAACCCUGUGAACCCCAUGCCCAUGGGCCCAUGGAAGAUCACAGUGUACGACCAGGAGUACUUCCAGGGAAAGCGUAUGGAGUUCACUGCCUGCUGCCAGAACAUAAUGGAGUGUGGCAUGGAGAACAUCCGCUCCCUGAAGGUCGAGUGUGGAGCCUGGGUUGGGUAUGAGCACUCCAGUUUCUGUGGCCAGCAGUUUGUCCUGGAGAAGGGAGACUACCCCCGUUUUGAGGCCUACAGCGGCAGCAACUCCUACCGCAUCGAGAGGAUGAUCUCGUUCAGACCCAUCUGCUCCGCUAGCCACAAGGAGUCCCGUAUGACCAUCUAUGAAAAGGAGAACAUGAUUGGUCGCCAGUUUGAGAUGUGUGAUGACUACCCCUCCCUGCAGGCCAUGGGCUGGUUCAACAACGAGGUUGGAUCCAUGCACAUCCAGAGCGGAGCCUUCGUGUGCUACCAGUUCCCCGGCUACCGUGGCCACCAGUACAUCAUGGAGUGUGACUGCCACGGAGGAGAGUACAAGUGUUACCGUGAGUUUGGCUCCCACGCCCAGACCCCUCAGAUCCAGUCUAUCAGGAGGAUUCAGCACUGAGCAGGAAACACCUUCUUCAUCCCUCCUCCUCUUCUUCUACUUCCUACUCCUCCUCCCUCUCUUCUCUCCCCUCUCCUACUACUCCGCCUUAUACUCUGCCUCCUCUCCCUCGCCCAUCCCGGUUCCGCUGGUCCAGCUAGUCCAGGCAGGAUUGCGGGCCGGGCCUCAGGUGCUUACCGGCGACGUCAAAUGUUCACGGUGCUUAUUUUUUAAACCAUCAUGAAAAACAAAGGAAGAACGAAUUGAAAGACAGGGAAUUACAGAGAUGAGAGAAAGAGUAAUGAAUCCUCAACACCUCCCAGAGGCUGGACGCCAAACUUUUUUGCUCCUCUUUGUCCACGACAUCAUCAUUAUCAUCAGCUUCUUCUUCAUCAUCAUCAUCAUCAUCAUCAUCAUCACCACUAUUGCCUGUCACUGUAGUUGUGAUGGUAAACAUUGUAUGAGACUGAUGAAUAAAGAGAACAAGCAAAAGAAAGAGAGAAUAACAAGACAAUGA